GCCAAUGAGCCAGGAGCCGGCCAUGGCUGACCAUGGAGGGACAAGCGAGGCUGCGGUGGCUGGCCCCGCUGGCGGCUGCGUGGCAGUUCACGACUUGGUCCUGCUGGACAAAGCCGACGUGCCGACGGUAGCCAAGACGCUGGAGCAGCGGUUUGUGGACGGAGCGGUGUACACAUGCAUCUCGAGCGUGGUCCUUGCCGUCAACCCUUUCCGCCGGCCCGACGGCCUUUACGGGCCGAGUGUGAUGGAGGGCUACUUUGGCAAGGCCGCACGGUCUCAGCCGCCGCACAUCUACGCCCUGGCCAACGACGCGUACCACGCCAUGCUCGAGACAAACGUCUCGCAGACUAUCAUCAUCUCGGGCGAGUCGGGCGCAGGUAAGACCGAGUCGUCGCGCAUCUGCAUGCACUUUAUCGCUGCUGUCUCGGGCAACCGUGCCGCUGACGUUGACUCUGUCAAGGACUCGCUCCUCGGCUCCAAUCCAAUUCUGGAGGCCUUUGGCAAUGCACAGACGCUACGGAACGACAACUCGUCGCGGUUCGGCAAGUUUAUGGAGAUCCAGUUUGACGCCCGCGGCUCGCCGCUCGGCGGCUGCGUCUCGGUCUACCUGCUCGAAAAGUCGAGGGUUGUCCGUCCUGCGCCCGGCGAGCGCUCGUUCCACGCCUUCUACUUUAUGCUCGCCGGCGCGCCGCCUGAGCUUCGCGCCGAGCUCGACCUCAACCACCCGCCCGAGUUCUUUCCCUCGCUUGCUCGCUCCGGGACAUACACCGUGCCGUCGAUCGACGACGCCGCGGGCUAUGCUGAGCUGGUCGCUGCCAUGACCACGCUCGGCUUUCCUGCCGACUCCCAGACCGCGCUCUUUCGCCUCCUUGCCGCCGUUCUUCACCUCUCGCGCGUCUCCUUUGUGGCCGCUGCUGGCUCAAAGGGCGACGUGGCAAGCGUUGCUGACGGCGCCGUCCUCGCCGACGUCGCCCGGCUGCUGGGCGUCUCCGCCGAUGGCCUCGGCAAGGCCCUCACCUCACACACCAUCGAGACCCGUGGCGAAGCCAUCAACAUUCCGCUCUCACCAGAGCGAGCCGACGAUACCCGUGACUCGCUCGGUGCCGCCCUCUACGACGCCAUGUUCUCACACAUUGUGACACUUAUCAACGCCUCAAUUUCGUCACCGGCGCCAGCCGCGGCCUCCAUUGGCGUGCUGGACAUCUACGGCUUUGAGAUUCUCCACUCCAACACCUUUGAGCAGUUUUGCAUCAACUACACCAACGAGAAGCUCCAGAAGCUCUUUAUCGACCUCACGCUCUCGGCCGAGCAGGCCGAGUACGCCGCCGAGGGUAUUGCCUGGGUCCCAGUUGACUACUUUGACAACGGCGUCAUCUGCGAGCUCAUUGAGGGCCGCGGUGGCGUCUUUGACGUCCUCGACGAAGAGACCGUCCUGCCCAAGACUUCCGAUACCUCGUUUGUGGCCAAGCUGGAGGUGACCAAGCCCGGAUCGUCGCCGUACUUUGCGCUGGCCGCCACCCACCGCGCCCUCAAGCUCCCACGGCUCUCGUUCCGGGUUGAGCACUACGCCGGCUUUGUCGAGUACACCGCCGUCUCGUUCCUCGAGAAGAACAAGACCAAGACGUAUCCCGACUUUGCCUCACUCCUCGCCGCAUCAUCCGAGGCCCUGCACGUUUGUCUCGCGCCAGCACUGGGCGCAGGCUCAACGUCGGCUUCCUCCCGCCGCGGCGUCCGCAAGCGAGCCGCCACCACGGUCUCGGUCUUUAAGCGCCAGCUUGCCUCGCUCAUCCAGACGCUCACCGCCUCGCACGCCCACUACAUCCGGUGCAUCAAGCCCAACGACGAGCGCUCGCCGACAAUCUUUGACUUUGAGCGCGUCGAGCACCAGAUCCAGUAUCUGGGCCUGCUGGAGAACGUCCGCGUCGCCCGCGCUGGGUUCUGUUUCCGCGAGCCUGUCGACUCGUUUGUGGCCCGCUACAAGAUGCUCGCGCAAGACUCGUGCUGGCCGCACCCGACCGGCCUCAGCCUCCCUCAAGCUGUCCACGCCAUCCUUGCCGCCCGUGGCAUCGACAAGAGCCAGUACCAAAUGGGCAAGACCAAGGUGUUUGUCAAGGACCCGGCGUCAGUGUUUGCACUCGAGGAUGCACGCACCGCCGCCCUCCCGCGCCUCGUCACACUCAUCCAGGCCUGGUGGCGCGGCGUCGCGACUCGGGCCGCACUGGCUGCGGCCGCGGCCGCCACUACCAUUGCCACAGCCUGGCGCGCCUUUGUGGCCCGCCGGUUCUUUGUCGAACACCGUGCCGCCGUUCGCAUCGCCCGGGCCUGGCGGAGCUUUGGGCUUCGGGCCUGGUGCGCUCGGGCGCUUGCAGCGUCGACCAUUGCCCGGGCCUGGCGCUGCUCUAAGGCCCGCGAGGCGAGGCGCCACCAAUUGGCUGCGCGCGACAUUCAGCGGACUGCGCGUGGCUUCCUCGCUCGCACGGCGGUUGCCCGGACUACUGCCGCCUCGCGGAUCGGCGCUAUUUGCCGUGGCCGUUACGUCCGCGCCCACAUCGAUGACAUCACCGCCGAGGCGCGCGCCGCCAAGGAACGCGCCCGGCAAGACGCCGCGGCAGCGGCCAUCCAGGCACAAGUCCGCGGCCUGCUCGCGCGGCGCGCGUAUGCGCGAGCGAGGGCGGCGACCAAGAUCCAGGCCGCGUGGCGCGGCCACGUCCAGCAACAAGCGUACAUCAAGAGGCGCGCAGGCGAGCGGGUGGCGUCGUUUGUGCUGCGAGUGGCGUUGGAGCGACGGUUUGCUCGUGCCAAGGCGGUAACUCACAUUGCAGCAGCAUGGCGCGGGCGGGUGGCGCGCCUCGCGUUUAAGCGGCUCAUGGCCGCUCGCAAGCUGCAAAAGUGGAUCCGUGCUCUCUGGGCUGUCCAGCUUCUGUCCGGCAUCGAGCAGGCGCUGGCGUCGCUGACUCCCAAGGUGUGGCCGGACGCGGUGGUCGACGGUGCGCAGGAAGAUGCUCGGGCGACACUCUACCACAUGUAUCUCGCGUGGCGAGCACGGGUCUAUCGCGACGCGUGCACCGAGACCAAGCGCAUCGCCAUGUGGCGGCGAGUCCGGGCCUCGGAGAUGUUCAAGGCGAGCAAGGCCAAAGUUUACGCGGCGUCGGUCCAGCUCGCGUUUGCCGGCGACGCGCUCGGGCUCGGCACCGCCGGAUCCAAAAGCGCGCGCGAGUUGGCCAAGGCCAUGGCCAAGGUGGGCGACGAGUCGAGCAUCAUCUUCUCGGCGCCCAUCGCAAAGGUCAAUCGGUCGUUCAAACACGACGAGAACGCGGUGGCGCUCAGUCGCCGGCACUUGUUCCGGCUCAAGGGCAAGUCGUUCAAGGUCAAGUCGGUGACGCCGAUCGAAGCCAUAUCCUCGCUCUCAUGUUCGCCGUUUGGAGACUGCUACAUGGUGCUCACGUUUGAUGGCGUCGAGCACCACGACAUGGUCUUUGCCUGCGAGCGCCUCGUCGAGUUUGCCGUCCGCCUUCUCGACCAGCUGCAGGCCGUGACAGAGGCCGGGCGCUCUGGCGCGACGUCGCACGUCGCCGCCGCAUCCCGCAUGGCAGCCGCAACGUCGCACACCCACGCCCGCGUCGAGUUUGGCGACCGGCUCGUGUUCCAAGAGCCCAAAGGUGAGUAUGUGCUUCUGUUUGACGCGUCCAGCGAGGCACGGCCCGACGGCCAUGGAGGCGGCUACAAGAUCGCCAAGAUUAAGGGCGCCAAGAACACGGGAAAAGUGGUUGUCCCCCCGUCUUGACUCGUAAACGCUAUCCGCACUCUGAA